GAAAAGGCGCUACACUCAAAAUGGAAGGCAGUGACGCUUGUAAUUCCGAAUUGUUGCGUGUUUGGGAGAAACGGAAAAACUGCAGAGAUAAAAUAGUUGAUUUGCACAAAAAGUAUUUCGCAGAUACUCUUAAUACACUUACCCAAUUGGAGACUCCGACACCCAAGGAGUCUGAAAUUAUGAUAGAGAAGUCUGAAAUUCGAAUACCUGUGAAUAUUCCCGCACUUUCAGACAUUUUCAAUGAUAUGGAUAAGAUGGAAAAGUACCUUGUAGAUCAGAUCAGAGCUUUGAGUGCGAUUAAAUCCUCUGAAAUUAUCACUAACGAUGACCUUCUUGGUUUCGUACCAAUUGACCGAUGAUUAUAUUGGACUCUGCUCAUCUCGCGGUUAUGGAUGAGGUCGCCGUAUGAUUGAGAUAAUCUCAACAUUUGCAGAUGGAUGUGUGAGGUCAACGCGCUACACCUGCUUUUCGAGCAUAAUUUUUGCGUAAAGGAACUAUCGCCAAGGAAGCUCUUGCCAUAGACUUAUGCUGUCUAUGUAGAAAAAAUGUCAAUUUACCUGCAUAUAUAUACAACAUUUUGAAUUGUUUUCUCUGGUUUAUUACUCAUGUUAACCUCCAUGUUCAGCAUUGCGCUGGUCUGUGGUUCUUAACUGGUGUCUGAAUUGUUAUGUAUGAGGCAUUUUUACUUUUCAAAUAGAGAAUAAUACCUUUAAAAGC